UUUAAUUCGUUGAAUUGCCAUAAAUAUCAUAAGCAUUAAUUUCCUGUUUGAUGUUCUCUCCGGCAGUUGUUUGUGAUUUGAAAUCAAGGAGAAAGUGAAGUGAUUGUUGACAGAAGAUAUCAUACGAAAUAGGCCUAUUAAUAUAUAUAAUUAUAUUAAUUCAUAGAGCUGCAAUUUUUAAGCGCAGACUUUAAUUUGCAGAGAGGAUUAGACCUAGUCCUGGCAUCAUAAAGAACGGAAGAUAGGAAUACGGUUCCUCCAGAGCUCUGACCUUCGGCAGAAGAUGCAAUCAUCAUGACGGAAGUUCAUUGUGAUGCAGGCCAAUAUCGUGAUGGGGUCUCUAAUCUUUGUUACCCGUGCGUGAACUGCAGCAAUGAAGCUUAUAAUGCUGGUCGUAUUCAAAAUGCUUGCAUGUUAACAGAACCAUGCCCUCGAUGGUGUGGUGCCCGUGAUCAGCCCAGAACAGGAGAAGAACCACAUGACUGUGCACCAACAACAGCACACCAACCCACAACGCCCAGGCCAACAACUGAUGGAUACACUACUGGUCUGGAACGUUCUACAACAGAUUUCAUUGCUACAAAUGCAACAGUUACCAAUCCACCACCAUCUUACAAUCAAACGAAUGUGGCUGUCAUUUCUGUUGUUGCCCUACUUGGGGUUGCGGUGCUGUUUGUAUGCCUUCGUUCUUGUGUAAGAAAAAGAUGUCAUAGACUAAGAAGUAAGUACUAG